CUGACGACUGUGGACAUGACAAGAUCCAUCAAAUGUCAAAUGAAAAUUUUCUUUGUAAAAUAGUACUAAAAUUCAUUCACAAAAAUAUUAUUAUUAAUUGUUGUAAAUGUAAAAGCUGCUGUUCCUAAUGAUUUUACAGAUUAUAUUGAAUAAUAUGCAAUAAGGAAACUCGCAAAGUGCUGGAAAUAUAUAAGUAUUGACUUGACAGUGACGUAUUUAUUCUAGAAAGGAUCUCUCAGUUUACAUUUUUAGAGCAGAUUUGAUAUUAACCAAGCCACAAGAUGGCGGUUAAGCAGAAAGUGGUAGAGUGUGCCACACCCACAAAGGAGGCAAGAUUACAAAUAAUACUUCGGGCACUACAAGGACUUUCAGCAAAUGAUGGACUUCAAGAUAAGUUUUGUGCACAAGUAGUAAGGAGCUUAGGCACUGUUCCCAUCCCAUCAGAUCCUGGUAGUUAUAUGAAAUUUGUUGAAGAUAUCAAAAAAGUACAAAACAUCCUGUCGAAAGAGUGUUCAGAACACGUAUUCAUUGCUUUAAAAGCACUACUUGAUGAAAUUUCAAAUCCAGAUCCACAAAAGCAAUUAUCUCCCGCUAUGUCUAUAGUACUUCAACUAAUAGAUGAGGCAACUAUACCUAAUGCUGUAAAGUACAUAUUAAACUGUGGCUAUCCAGAACAACAUCUUGAAAAAGCUUUCUUCACCUUGUCCAUCUGGUUGACGCAAUGUUUUUGGGUAGAAAAUUUAGGCCCUCUUGUUCUUGCUUUCAUGAAGGGACUAGAAGCAGAGCACCACUAUGAAAUUCUAAUUGAAGUUACUCUGGUGACUAUAGAACCUCUUUUUAAAUUAGUCAUGUUUCCCAAGAUCAGAAAGAGUGUGGGGCCGGUUGUUCUUUACAUGUUAUCCAGAAACCAGCACAACAAUCCACAAAUAUUUCAUAAGACUAUACCAUUGGCUAAAACCGUUUGUGACAAGUUAGACAAAGAAAGAAGUGAUUCCAGUUUAAGGUUUCUUCAAGAAAUUGUUCAGUUAUUCAUAGCGUUAAUGGAAGCAUUUCCAGGAUAUCCAGAACUGUACCAACCUUUAAAUGAAGUCAUACAGCCCUUCUGUAUAUCUACAGACUACAAACCACCUCUACACUAUAAAUCUUGGACUGCUGGGAUAGUGUCACCUACGGUAGAUAAAUUUGUAGUGGAAAAAGUAGGAUUAAAUAAUCUAGGAAACACAUGCUACAUGAACAGUGUACUACAGGCUCUGUUUAUAACGAAAACAUUUAGGAAUGAAGUACUACUUAACAAUAAAGCUAUUUCACAGUUAUUUUCAAAGUUACAAACCUUGUUUGUGCUCUUGCAAUUUUCUAAAAGAAAUUCCCUCUCUCCAAAUGAUAUUUUACACUUGUCGCGGCCGCCGGGAUUUUUACUAGGACACCAGCAUGAUAGUUCAGAGUUUUUAGGAUAUUUAUUGGAUACACUUCAUGAGCAAGAAAAGAACUUCACAAAUUCUCUUGAAAACAACUCUGCAGACGAAGGUGCCACUGCUGUACUACCAACAGUUGUUCAGCAAUCCUUCGGUGGUAGAACAAUGACAGUAUCAAGAUGCGGAGAAUGUACCACAACUAGUGAAAGAGUUGACGAUUUUAGAGAACUGCAGCUUUCUUUUCCGAAUCAUUCUGAUAAUCAGUCAGUACAGACUUUGUUGGAUUAUUAUCUGCAACCUGAAAUAUUGAGCGGCGAUAAUCAGUACCACUGUGAUAUAUGUAGUAGACUGACGGAUGGUGAAAAAAUUACACGAAUUGUUGAAGCACCCCCGAGAUUAAUAUUUACACUUAAGCACUUCAGAUACGAUCCUACGUCACACCAGCGUACAAAGCUGCUUCAGACUGUCGUAUUAGAUGACUACCUAACGAUUGAUACAUAUCGUUAUGAAUUAUACGCAGCAGUGGUACAUUGUGGCUCCAGCGUAGAUUCAGGACACUAUUACACUCUAGCCAAAGAUAAGGCUCAGUGGUACAAAUUUAACGAUAGUUUCGUAAGUAGAGCGACGACGGAUGAUUUAAAAAGGCUUAAACCACCGGAAACAGCAUACAUUCUUUUCUAUAGUCGGGAGGACAUCAAAGAACCAGAAAAUCUCCCACCAACAAUACUUCCUACUAGCCUACAAAUAGUCCUAACUAAAGAUCAGUCCGAGUUCGAAGCGGAAAAGAAUCAACAAACUGGAAAAUCAUUUAAUUUUCGACAUAAUAGAAACGAUGAACCGCCCCCUCCGAAUUGCGGUGGUGGGGGAUUCAGUACUUCGGGUAACAUGUUGGUGUGCUAGCUAUUUAAAUGAAGUCGUUGUAAAUAAAGGGAUGCUUAUUAAUAGGUAUUGUGUUAAUACGAUUAUUAAUGAUAAACAGAUCUAGCUUAUUAUAUAUAUCUAUAUUUAUUGAAUGAAUUUUAGUUUUCUUGAGUUUGCUACUUGUUUUCUGUUAUCUACAUCAUACUUGUACCAUAAAUACAAAUAAAAUUGUAAUUUUAAUGUUCUUUAAGAUAUUCAGUGUAUUUUUGUUAAUAAUAAUUCAACACUUUGUUUUUAUUAACAUUAUUAUGUGUAAAUAUAUAUAUCACAAGAAAUAUAUAAAAAUUUGGUUAGUUUACUACUUAAAUAGCACUUUCACUUUUAACAGGUUACAUAAAAAGAUUAUCUGUGAUUUUUGCUGUAUUAUUCAGAUACUUCAAACUAUAAUAAAAGUUUUGUAACUUCUGUCGAAAUGAAAGAAA